AUGUCUUCCUCUGAUGGUGGCGAAAAGCCUUCGGACCUUGACCCGCGUGAACAGGACCAACAAGAAUCUAAUGGCUACGACAAAAAGCCUACAACGCGAGAUGAGAUGUCGAAGAUGCUGUCCCGGGACCCGAGUCGGCAAGAUAUCUUCCACCGAGACAGCAGCAACAACGACGCAAGCUUUCCACCAGGAUUUCUGGCGGCGAUGAAACCAGAUUCCGAAGCAGAACUCAAUCCCGAGAAGCUUCGUCCACAAUUCAAAUGGAAGACUCAUGCUGGUCAUGACCGAGCCCUCCCUGGCAGUGAUGAUAUCUGGAAGGAGAGCCGUCUGGGACUGCCGCACGAGUGGCCCACGGUUCUCCAGUCGUACGUGCGGACACUGACAUCCUUUCGAUAUCCGGCGGCCAUCUAUUGGGGAACGGACCUCAUAAUGCUUCAUAACCGAUCAUGGCAAGAGGCUGGUGUCAAGUCCGAACAAGGGCAGAUCCAGCGAGACUCACUCAACGCCGAUGCUUCUGCAGCUCUUUCCGCGACGCUGCAUGGUGGCGAACCGAAGCAGAUCCACAGUAGGCUUCUUCUCAGGACAGAAGCUGGUGACAAUGAUGACCAAUAUGUGGUAUUGAUCAGUCCACUUUUCGGCGACGGCGGCGUUGUUGGCCUGCUGGCACAACUGACUCCUCGGUCGGUGGCGCCUGACGGCAGCAAAGAUCAGAGAAAUGGACAUACCAGUAACGUGGGAGAUUGGCAGCAGUCGUCUUCGCCCAGUGGUGGUCCAAGCUCAGGAGAUCUGGAUCUCAGUCGGUUGGGCCAGAUAGAAAGCAGAGGUCCACUGGAUGAGCAUCCUUUCUUCCAACGUUUCGCCGAUAUGAUCCCGUCUGGACUUGCAGUGCUGGAUCACAGAGCGCAGGCCGUUUUCGUGAAUCAGAACUUCUGGCAGCUCACCACCCAUGAAGGGGAGGACAAAAGCUUCAUGGCCUGGCCGCAAAGCAUCCAUCCCGACGAUUACGUCCGAGUAAUGGAUGCGUAUCACCAGUCUUUUCGCAGUGGCAAGCAGUCGCGGACUGAGUUCCGUGCUCUCGGUGCAGAACAUCCGUGGCGAUUAUUGCUCCUGACGCCGCUGGGAGAUGAAAAUCUCGAGUAUGUCAGCCUACAAGAAAGAGGUGGUUUCAUAUGCAGUAUUGUCGACAUAAGCUCCGAGAAAGGCGCCGAAAUAUCGGAAAGACACGCAGCGAAGGAAGCGAAGGAAAGGCGUGAGCAGCAGGAACGUUUCAUCGACAUGAUCUCACACGAGAUUCGCAACCCGCUAUCCGCUGUACUGCAUUGCUCGGAAGAUAUUGAUGAGGCUAUCAGUGAUGAAAGUAACAUCGACCUCGCCGCAAUCCAGGAGUCGGUAGAGACGAUUAACCUAUGCAUACAGCAUCAACGAAACAUCGUGGAUGAUGUGCUGUCCUUUUCGAAACUGGACGCCUCUAUGCUGACGCUGUCUCCCAAGCCCAGCCAGCCGCGGACGGACCUGGCCAACACGCUCAAGAUGUUCCAGCCAGAGUUUCGAAAGCAGCACAUUGACUUUGGCUUUCGCCUCGAUAUCAGCUACGCCGAUAUCGAGAUUGACUGGGUGCUGGCAGAUCUAGCCCGCAUGGGUCAAGUUCUCGUCAACCUCAUUACCAACGCUAUCAAAUUCACUGCCAGUGCCAAGGUUAGGAACACGAAGAAGAUUACCGUGAGUGUAGGCGCAAGUCGCGAGCGCCCUGAUAGCUAUCCACCGAACGUUGUCUUCUUCGGCACUGAUAGUGUGGCGGCGAAGAUGGACAACACGAACAAGCCCGAGUGGGGUGAAGGUGAGACCAUAUACUUACUCGUAGCAUGCAAAGAUAGCGGUAUCGGCAUCAGCGAGGAUGGCCAGAAACGGUUGUUCGAACGCUUCCGCCAAGCAACGCCCAAGACUGACAGCAAAUACGGAGGCUCGGGACUAGGGCUCAAUAUUAGUCGCAAGCUUUGCCACCUUCACGGUGGGGAGAUUGGUGUAAGCUCAACAGAAGGCGACGGCAGUACUUUCGGAUUUUUCUUCAAGAUCAAGCGCUCUGGCCCGCCUGGAGACGACGAGGGCCGAGCUGCAGAAGACGCAGAGAACAAAGAGGAACUACGAAAGUUUGCAGAAGAACAAGGCGCCGAUGCCAGUACCAACGUCGACGAGGCCGAACUUCCCGAGAGUGUGAAGAAUCCUCCCAUUGUGGAGGCUCGGGAUACUCCACUCUUUUCAAAGAGCAAGCCCGAACACCGAGGUAAGCAGCUAGAACGAUUGGUGACGCAGACGCAGACCCAGACGCAGAAGAGUCGUAGCGGCCGAGAGGCAGAACCAUCUGCCGAGCGAGACAAGACUUCUAGCCAACGGCCCACGACACGGACUAAGCAGGAAUCCGAGGAAGCCGGCACGAAACAGCAAGAGUCCAGCGACAAGGCAGAUGGUAGCUCCUCUGAGACCGAUAGCACGAAGGGCCACGUUCUCCUAGUAGAAGACAACGUGAUAAACCAAAGAAUAGUGUUUCGUAAGUUGAAGGCCAAAGGCUACGUUGUCACUACUGCCGACAAUGGUCAAGAGGCAGUUGAUGCUGUAAGAAAGCAUAUGGAGGAGCCACAGCAGGAGCACAAUGCCUUCGACAUAAUCCUCAUGGACCAGGAAAUGCCAAUUCUCGACGGCAACGCGGCAACCAAGGCAAUUCGGGAGAUUGAGGAGCACAGCUCGGCUGGUCGAGUGCCCAUCCUAGGUGUGACAGCGAAUGUGCGAGACACUCAGCAGAAUGACAUGAAGAGCGCUGGCAUGGAUGACGUGAUGAGCAAACCAUACAAGAUCCAGGACAUGGUCGACAGGAUCGAGAAGAUGCAACGGCGACAACAAACUAAUACUGGCGCCGACGAGUAG